UAGUGAGGCAAAAGCAAUUAAGUUGCUAACAAUGCAAGUACUUCACAUGAACAAAGGCAAUGGUGACACUAGCUAUGCAAAGAACUCCACUGUUCAGAGCAAAAUCAUAUCUGUUGGUAAACCAAUCAUGAAAGAAGCAGUGCUAGAAAUGUUAUGCAACAAUGUGAUAGAAAGCAUGGGAAUUGCGGACUUAGGUUGCUCAUCGGGACCAAACUCUUUAUCAGUAAUCUCCGAGAUCAUGGACACGGUGGAAGCUGCGAAUCGUCUUCUCGGUCGGCGGUUGGUAUCGGAGUUCAGGGUAUUCUUGAAUGAUCUUUAUAGCAAUGAUUUCAACAACAUAUUCAUGUCGUUACCAGCAUUCUACGAUAGACUUAAGGAAGAGAAAGGUCUCGAGUUCGAGUCUUGUUUCAUAUUGGGUGCCCCGGGGUCUUUCUAUGGUAGAUUGUUCCCUAUUAACAGCUUGCAUUUCGUGCAUUCUUCUUCUAGUCUUCAUUGGCUCUCACAGGUUCCGGCCGGGUUGGAGAGCAAUGCUCUUAAACGAUUGAAUAAGGGAAAGCUGUAUAUUUCAAAGAGCAGCCCACAGAGUGUGGUGGAUGCUUACUUGCUGCAGUUCCGAAAUGACUUUUCACUGUUUAUAAAGUCACGUUCCCGGGAACUGGUUGCCGGCGGCCGCAUGGUCCUUUCUUUCAUGGGCCGGAGCUCCACCGAUCCCACCACCGAAAAUAGCUGCUACCAAUGGGAGCUGUUGGCCCAAGCAAUCAUGAGCUUGGCUAGAGAGGGUCGAAUUGAAGAGGAAAAACUUGAUUCUUUCAAUGCCCCAUACUAUGCUCCAUGCGCUGAGGAAAUAAAAGAUGAGAUACAAAAAGAAGGGUCCUUCACCAUUGAUCGCCUUGAAGCUUUUGAAAUCGAUUGGGAUGGCGGUGCUGUGACCGAUAUCCAUACCCCUCAUGGGAAGCUAUCGGUCGGACGACGAGUGGCCAAAGCCAUCCGAGCUGUUGUUGAAUCGAUGCUUGAAUCUCACUUCGGAGUCGAACCUGAUGUCAUGGAUGAUUUGUUCAUUAGAUAUGGAGACAUUGUUGGGACUCACUUGUCCAAGUCUAGAACCAAGUACAUCAAUUUGGUGAUGGCCCUCACUAAAAAGUGGUAAAACCAUAAUCAAAUUGGAAAUCGCAAUAAGUUCCAUCACAGUAGAAACCAGCCAUUGUAAUGGGAUUGUAUUUUGAUACACAUAUUCUCAAUGUCCCAUCACGAUUCAUGUUGGCUUCGUAUAAUUCAGUUAAUUGAUGGCUGAAUUUCAAUAA